AUGUGGAGUGAAGGGGACGGAGGGAGGAAGAAGGCUCAAGUGGACGGAUCAUCUCCAGGCUGGAACAACACUUCCAUGAAGACAUAUGCAGAAAUACUUCAGCUCGUGGUAUUCGCGGGAGUACGGUACAAUGCAGAGCACGACCCUGCAUUCGACACACAAAGGCCGGCUGAGCAGGCCGCGGUUGCUUGGCUGGAGCUCCAGCCUCUUCAUCGAUGGCUCAUGAUCCGCCCCCGCUCCUAUUGGCAGAGAUCCCAGGUGGUUACUGUGGGUGGCGGCAGUGGUGGUGGUGGUCCUCCCCCUGCAGGUGAAUUACCUGGGAUCCGGAUCUCCAAUGUCCAGGUGACCUUCACCAGAGAUCCGAACCGUUGGAUCCUUCUUCGAAGCUUCACCUUCCUCGCAGCCCUUUGCAUCCUCGUCGCUUCCGUUCAUCUGGUUCUGAUCCUGAACGUAUUCAUGAACUACGGGAAGACGACGGAGCGGUUGCCGCUGAGGACGAUGAGCAUGCUGGACGAUGCCAGUGCAAGCCUCGUCCCUCGCCGUCGAGGGACGUUCUUCAAGAUCGAGCCUCUCAUCAACCGGAAUGCAUCUCCGCCUGCCUUCAAUCGACAUGCCGUUCUUCGGGCUCUCCGAGGGAACCUGGUCGCUGGGAUCCUUUCCCACCAACUGACGUCUUUGCAUACUUCACAUCCGGUCGAGAGCUCCCCAACACCCCUUCCGCUCAAGCCAUUCUGUCCCGACAUUCCUCCUUCCAUCAGUGGGAAGAAGCAGGAGAGACGCGAGAGCGCGAACUUGACGUGGGAGGAACUGGAGUUCUCCAUGAGACUGAGAGAAGGGUCAGGUGGUGACUGGCACCCGGACGAGUGUCGAGCAAGGCAUCGCGUUGCCAUCAUCAUCCCCUAUAGAGACAGAAAGAGUCAUCUUCUCCAGAACCUUGCCGUGCUCCAUCGCCUUCUCCAGGCCCAACUCCUCCACUACACCAUCUACGUUGUCGAGCAGGAAGGUAAAGGAGUGUUCAAUAAAGGAACGUUGAUGAAUGGGGCUGCCCGAUUCGUGUUGAAUCGUGGAUGGGUGGACUGCUUCAUCUUCCAUGACGUGGAUCUUCUUCCUGUGACGGACAAUGUCCCUUAUUCCUGCCCGCCUUUUCCUCGUCAUCUUUCCGUCAACGUCGACCGACUCACCAUAGGGUACCCAUACUACGAGCUUCUUGGAGGAGUGGUGGCGAUUCGGACGGAGCACUUUCUCCUCAUCAACGGAUAUUCCAACCUCUAUUGGGGUUGGGGCGGGGAAGAUGACGACUUCGGUUGGAGGGUGAUAGCGUCGAAGUUACCGAUACUGAGGGCCCCGGAGCCGACAGGUCGAUAUCGAAUGCUCUUUCACCAUCGACGCAAGAGAACGAAUCGAUACAUCAUCCAUCGAUUGAUACGGACCAGCAAGCAUCGAUUCUACUUUGAUGGCUAUAACACAGAUCCUUCCCAACUGCUCUGGUCCAAGUCCAUGUCUUUGUUUACCCACCUCAUGGUCAAGGUCAAUGAGCCCCCGCAAAGUUUCAUGGAUCUCGAGAGACUUCCAGGCGGGCAGAGAAAAUCUUGACCCCUUCGUUUGCUUACCGUCGUGUGCCAUUGUGAGCUUUUUGGUGCUAUGCAAACUUUCUGCAUAAAUUAUGGGACGUAUGUUUUAUGUGGUGUGUUCAAGGAGUCGUUUUGUUAUUCACUGAGUCUGCAUGACCUCGAAGAGGAAAGGCUACUGCUCUAUCAUCCAAGGACUGAGCAAUAUUCUCUGCAAUGCAGACUAUACGACAGAUUAACCUCCUCUGGUCCUCCUAAUCUUUCUGCAUUUGGUGUAACUGAAAUAUUUAACUGUGUCCCCAGAGCCGGUUUGAUGUUUUAUUUUGAAGUGCUGGAGAAUAAAAGGAAAAAAAAGCCUCUACAUAA